GAGCGCUCUGGCUGGGACAGCUAGGGAAGAUGGCCCAGGCUGGGGAAGUCGCUCUCACGCCUUGCUGCCCCCUCCCCUGAGCCAGGUGAUUUGGGAGACCCCCUCCUUCCUUCUUUCCCUACCGCCCUACACGCGACCCGGGGAUGGCUCCGUGGCCUCACGAGAACAGCUCUCUUGCCCCAUGGCCGGACCUCCCCACCCUGGCGCCCAAUACCGCCAACACCAGUGGGCUGCCAGGGGUGCCCUGGGCGGCGGCCCUGGCCGGGGCGCUGCUGGCGCUGGCGGUGCUGGCCACCGUGGGAGGCAACCUGCUGGUCAUCGUGGCCAUCGCCCGGACUCCGAGACUCCAGACCAUGACCAACGUGUUCGUGACUUCGCUGGCCGCAGCCGACCUGGUGAUGGGACUCCUGGUGGUGCCGCCAGCGGCCACCUUGGCGCUGACUGGCCACUGGCCGUUGGGCGCCACUGGCUGCGAGCUGUGGACCUCGGUGGACGUGCUGUGUGUGACCGCCAGCAUCGAAACCCUGUGCGCCCUGGCCGUGGACCGCUACCUGGCUGUGACCAACCCGCUGCGUUACGGCGCACUGGUCACCAAGCGCCGCGCCCGGACAGCCGUGGUCCUAGUGUGGGUCGUGUCGGCCGCGGUGUCAUUUGCGCCCAUCAUGAGCCAGUGGUGGCGCGUAGGGGCCGACGCCGAGGCGCAGCGCUGCCACUCCAACCCGCGCUGCUGUGCCUUCGCCUCCAACAUGCCCUACGUGCUGCUGUCCUCCUCCGUCUCCUUCUACCUUCCUCUUCUCGUGAUGCUCUUCGUCUACGCGCGGGUUUUCGUGGUGGCUACGCGCCAGCUGCGCUUGCUGCGCGGGGAGCUGGGCCGCUUUCCGCCCGAGGAGUCUCCGCCGGCGCCGUUGCGCUCUCUGGCCCCGGCCCCGGUGGGGACUUGCGCUCUGCCCGAAGGGGUGCCCGCCUGCGGCCGGCGGCCCGCGCGCCUCCUGCCUCUCCGGGAACACCGGGCCCUGUGCACCUUGGGUCUCAUCAUGGGCACCUUCACUCUCUGCUGGUUGCCCUUCUUUCUGGCCAACGUGCUGCGCGCCCUGGGGGGCCCCUCUCUAGUCCCGGGCCAGGCUUUCCUUGCCCUGAACUGGCUAGGUUAUGCCAAUUCUGCCUUCAACCCGCUCAUCUACUGCCGCAGCCCGGACUUUCGCAGCGCCUUCCGCCGUCUUCUGUGCCGCUGCGGCCGUCGCCUGCCUCCCGAGCCCUGCGCCGCCGCCCGCCCGGCCCUCUUCCCCUCGGGCGCUCCUGCUGCCCGGACCAGCCCCACGCAGCCCAGGCUUUGCCAACGGCUCGACGGGGCUUCUUGGGGAGUUUCUUAGGCUUGAAGGACAAGAAGCAACAACUCUGUUGAUCAGAACCUGUGGAAAGCCUCUGGCCUCUGUUCAGAAUGAGUCCCCUGGGAUUCCCUGGCUGUGACACUGUACCCUCCAGAACCUGACGACUGGGCCAUGUGACCCAAGGAGAGAUCCUUACCAAGUGGGUUUUCACCAUCCUCUUGCUCUCUGUCUGAGAGAUGUUUUCUAAACCCCAGCCUUGAACUUCACUCCUCCCUCAGUGGUAGUGCCCAGCUGCCCUGGAGCAGCCGGCUGACUUUGGUAGGGGCACCCAUCACCUGGCUUGCUUGUGCAGUCAGUGAGUGCUUAGGGCAAAGAGAGCUCCCCCCGGUUCCAUUCCUUCUGCCACCCAAACCCUGAUGAGACCUUAGUGUUCUUCAGGCUCUGUGGCCCAGGCUGAGAGCAGCAGGGUAGAAAAGACCAAGAUUUUGGGUUUUGUCUCUGGUUCCCCUAUUACUGCUCUCAAACACUGGCCUCUCUCACUUUAGCCAUGGAAUGGCUCCGAUCUACCUCACAGCAGUGUCAGAAGGACUUCAUCAGGGUUUUGGGAGCUCCAGGGUUCAUAAGAAGGUGAACCAUUAGAACAGAUCCCUUCUUUUCCUUUUGCAAUCAGAUAAAUAAAUAUCACUGAAUGCAGUUCAUCCUUGGCUUCCUUUCUCUCCGUUUGUUUUCUUUCAUAAUCCACUUACUCCCUUCCUUUCUACUCUGCACUGGCUUUUGACAGAGGCAGUAAAUUAGGCCUAAUCCUCACUCUUUUCUUCCUAAUCUUCAUCAAACAAAAAAAUGAAAAGUCUGUCUGGACGAAGGGGAGUGAGCUUGAGCCUUUGAUAUCUUGCUCCCCCAUGCUUCCUGAAACUCUUGAAAUCCAGUUGCCAUUGAGUAGCAAAGCCACGCUCCCCACAGGACUUGGACAGAGGGCCCACAGGGGGAUGGACUGGCUGUGGCCAGGUUCAGGGCAGGGGGCAUUUGUCCCCUCCAUGCUAUAAUCCAGUGGUGGAUUCAUAAGGUCCUGUGGUCAUCAGGAACCAGUUUUUUUCAGUGCCUUACAUGUUGUGUGUGUGUGUGUGUGUGUGUGUGUGUUUGUCUGGAGGCACAGGCACAAAGCAUUGCUUGUGUUGGUCAAAUGUCUUGUGUCAUAAAUAUAUUCUGAUGUUUUCCAGCCUUUCCACAACCUCUACCUUCCCACUCCCCUUCCCCAGCUACAAAAAUCUGUAUUAUCCUCUUAAAGUAAAACUGGAGUUACAAA